GUAACACGUAAACAUGCCUGGAUAAGCUUGUAACCUAGUGAAAUUUCUACAAAAGCCUCUAAAGUUCCCGCGAAAGUCAGGCGUAUACAUUUGAUACUGUUUUUUUUUAUUAUUAUUAUUUUUCCGACAAGACAAGGAGAUAUUCUUCCUUGUGUGUGGUACGAGCUGCCUUUCCAGGUUGAACUGGAGUUUACGCAUCUAUGGAGCAGAAGCUUGCAGAGUUUAGAGCCCGACGACAGGCGGAAAAAGGCAUGAAAAAGUGCGAACCUGCUGAUUCUCUGCCCAGACAACAGAGAAAAGGGGACCCUGUUCAGUCUGACAGCAGUCAACAACCAGAGGAACCAGAAAACAACCAAACUGCAAACAGCAGCUCUCAAAGCAGGGAUUGUAGGGACUGGUUGCUAGACAGUACUCUGGGAAGAUGGUUUGCUUCGAGACAGCUGGUCCUCUCCAACAUUAUGCUGCUCAAAGUACUGCUGUGGCUGGUUCUGCUGGGUCUCUUUGUUGAACUGGAAUUCGGCCUGCCCUUCUUUGUUAUGUCUCUGUUCUACUGGCUGUAUGAAGGACUGCGCAGCCCAGAACCCAAAAAGCCAGGAGAAUUGAGUGCUUAUUCUGUGUUCAACCCGGACUGUCAGCCUCUUCUUGGCUCACUCACUGCAGAGCAGCUGGAAGGGGAGAUGGGCUACAGACCUCUGGCCAACAGAUAAAGUGCUCGUCAUUUACACAACUUAAAGGGCAUAAUUGCAAUUCUUUGUUUGUUUCUUUGAAUAAUGGUUAUCAACUGUGUUUCUUACGUAUGUAUUGCACAUAAAAUUAAAGCUGAUAUACUUACUGUUUUCUACUCUUUUAUGCUGUAACAUUUUUAACAGGAAGCGGAGUUGUAAAUGUAGAGAAAAACUAUCUACCUUCUCUCCAUUAGUCUCUACAUCACUGCUUACCUUUCAAACAUUAAUUACCUUAAUUGCUAAAAAGUUCCUAAAUGUCAGUGAUAAACUGGCGAUUAUUGUCUUUUGGAUUCCCAAAUUAGUUUAGUCGUGUUUGCUUUAAUAAGAAUAAGCUUUAUUUGCCAAGCUUGCGCACGCAAACAAGGAAUUUGACUUCAGUUCCACUUUCCUUUCAAUGUUCAGCAUUUGGUGUAGCUCCAACCCAAAGGUAAAAAUCUAAACAUUUUGUGUUCAGGAUGUGUGGGAGAUAUUAGCUGCCUUUUUCCUGACCCCAGACCUGUACACGUCCUGGAUGGAGGGAAGGUCAGCUUUGACAGGGAUGCUAUUCAAUCUUGAAAAAUAUAGAAAAGUAUGGAACAGUGUGUUAGUUUCCAGGCUUUACUAUUUAUUCUCUGAUGUUGAAGAUCAACAAAAAUUAAAUUCUAAAAUAUUGUGUUUUUUACAAUGAUUUAUUCACCGUUACACCUUGUUGUGAGGUGAGGGUUUUAACGGUACCUGUUGUGAUUAAACUGUAGCAUAAAACUGCAGAAUAAACAUAUCAAAGAUUA